GUGACGAGUGUUUGAGCGCACAGCCGGGAAGCGACGGUUAGUUUAAAACUUCUGUGAAUGUCGAUAACGUGUUAGUAGGAAAUGUUGACUUGCGGACAGUGGCAGGAUAUGCGUCUGCAGGCUCUCGCUGUGACAUUAUGGUUCGGGGGUGUUUUAGGUAUGGAAACCGUCGAAAAUUCCUGGGACCGCAGUUAUUGCUUGCUCGAGCCUGAAGUCGGAGUGUGCCGGGCCGCAUUUCCUAGAUGGUUCUACAAUCACACCGCCGAAGAAUGCCAGCGAUUUACGUAUGGUGGAUGCCAAGGAAAUGAAAACAAUUUCGAGAUUAAAGAAGAAUGCAAACGAAAAUGCUCCGACAAUCUGAUUGCGGAGAAACAUACACCACGACACAUUUGCUUCCUCGAAGCCUCUGUGGGAAGGUGCAGAGGGGCAUUCCCAAGAUGGCACUUUAAUAAGACAACUAGAAGAUGUGAAAUAUUUAUUUAUGGUGGAUGCAAAGGCGGCGACAAUCAAUUCGUGACCCAAAGCGCAUGUGAGCAAUUUUGUGAGGAGUUCAUAACGGAUCCUUGUUCACAGCCAAUUAUUACGGCUUCAAGGAAACCGUGCGAUCAUCAGAAGGAGGGACUGAGAUUUGGCUACAACCGGAAGACGAAAAAAUGUGAAAGCUUUUACUAUUCUUCAUGCAAGGAAAAUAAGAACAACUUCAAGACCAGGAAGCAGUGUCUUGAAACAUGCGCAAGGAACUCUCCAUGCUUGCUAAAGACGCAGUACCACCGGUGGCGGACAUACCCAUCAUACUUUUACGACGCUAACGAAGGCAAAUGUCGAGAAACAUUCACGUAUUUUUUCAAAUCGAAAAUGUGGCCGCAAGAAAAUAGGUUCAGGACGCGGCAGGAAUGCAUAAAAGAAUGCAAGCCUCAGCAUACUUCCCUCUUGAUAUAGCAGAUCAGUAAAUUAUACUUGGUUUCAUUACUCAGGUGCAACGCUCUGGAAGCUGUAGCAAGGUUUGUCGCAGUAGAUGCGUUCGCACCAAUAAAUAGUUAAAUGAUUAUACGGCCGGUAAUGUCUU